AUGCAGAAUAGUGCCAACAUGGAGUCGAGAUCCUCUUUUCGGAUUGUCAAUCGGUUUACCCCAGAUUACUCUGCUUCUCUUUUUACUCAAUAUGAGUCCCAAAGAACUGGAAUGAGAGUGGUCACCAUAGACCAGAAAGGCCCAAGAGUUCAAGGGCACUUUGUGCUUGCUACUGAGAUCCACGAUGAUUCUGGUGCGCCCCAUACUUUGGAGCAUUUGUGCUUUAUGGGCUCAAGAAACUAUCAAGACAAAGGAAUUCUUUACAAACUUUCAGCCCGGUUGUAUUCGGAGAUCAAUGCUUGGACAACUGUCGAUCAUACCGCUUAUACGCUUGAGUCCGCUGGAUGGGAGGCAUUUGCUCAAUUGUUACCAGUAUACCUAGAACAUAUCAUUACCCCGACAUUGAGUGAUUCUAGCUGCUACACAGAGGUAUACCAUAUUGAUGGCACUGGGCAUGAUGCAGGUGUUGUGUAUUCUGAAAUGCAAUCAUUCCGGAAUGACUCUCUAUACCGUGCGGAUGUCUGUGGCCGCAGACUACUCUAUCCGGCAGGCGUUGGAUUUAGGUAUGAAACCGGUGGAAUGAUAGAAAAUCUUAGAGUUCUUACGGCGGACCGAAUUCGCGAGUUUCAUCGAGAAAUGUACCAACCGAAAAAUUUAUGCCUUGUUAUUACAGGCGAGAUUGACCAUGAGAAUCUUUUUGAAAAACUCCAUAAACUGGAGGACACGAUUAUGGAUAUUAUUCCAAGUCCGUCUGCCCAUUUUAUAAGGCCUUGGAUUGACUCACCCCAGGCUUCUCCUCUUCAGAAGUCAGUUGUUGAAAGGGUUGAGUUCCCAGAAGAUGACGAGUCAUUUGGAAUGAUUCAGAUUCGCUUCCUUGGGCCUGAUCUCAAGGACCGUGUUUUGGGCUCAUCUGCUUCUCUUUUGGUGCAUGCCCUUGUUGAACAGGAGCAGGUUACAUCCGCAGUAACAUAUGACACGGAGGAGAGGCCGCAUACGGAAAUUACCUUCACCCUGUCGAAUGUCGCCACGGAAGAGCUGGGGGCUGUUGAACGCCGGUUCUUUGAGAUCCUGGAAGAUGCAAUGAAGAGGGAGAUAGACAUGAAAUACAUGCAUGACUGUAUUCAGCGACACCAACGGAUCUGGAAAUUUGCAACAGAGACAUCGACUACCUCAUUUACUGAAGCUGUGAUAACUGACUUCCUCUUCGGGGAACGGGAUGGCUCAACACUAGAAACUCUGGGAACGUUGGAAGAGUACAAAGUUUUAGAGAAAUGGACUGAUUUGGAAUGGCGAAAUUAUAUUAAGAAAUGGAUUUCUAACGCACAUCAUGUUUCUGUUCUGGCUAUACCUUCCGCCAAAAUGGCUACAGAUGUGAUGGAGGAUGAACAGAAGCGUAUUGAGGAACGAAAAGCCGAGUUGGGGGCAGAGGGGUUAAAGAGGCUCGCAGAGGCUCUAGAGAAGGCAAAGAGGGAUCAUGUUGAGGAACCGUCAACUGAUCUAAUGUCGAGAUUUACCAUUCCUGGUACUGAUUCAAUCCAUUUCAUUCAAACAGCUACGGCAAAGGCAGGUCUUGCUUUGAAGUCUAAACGUACCGAUAAUGAUACCCAGGAAUUAAUAGAUUCAGAUGGGUCUGAAUUGCCUUUAUUCAUCCACUUCGAGGGUAUAUCUAGCAACUUCGUGCAGCUGAUCCUGAUGAUCUCAACGGAGGAUGUACCUCAUACUUUGCUGCCUUUACUGCCAUUAUACACUGAAUCCUUCUUCAGCCUGCCCAUCAAAAAGGAUGGCGAAAUAUUAUCGUUCGAACGGGUUAUCGUUGAUCUAGAGAAAGAUACAGUGGGCUACUGGAUGUCUCCAACUUACAACAACCCUGAAUCCCUUUCGAUCUCCCUCCAGGUAGAGGCCAAUAGGUAUCAAGCCGCCAUAUCCUGGCUGAAAGAUCUAACAUGGAACUCAAUCUUUGCUGUUGACAGGUUGAGGGCUGUCACAUCAAAACUACUCGCAGAUGUCCCAGAAGAAAGAAGAGAUGGAGAAGUUAUGGUGGAAGCUAUCGGGAUAAUGACGCACUUGGGAGAAAAGUCCAUAUCUAGAGCGUACACGGCGCUCGUGAAAGGUCGAUAUCUAAAACGUGUCCAAAAAGUGUUGGCUACCAAACCAGAUGAAGUUGUCCGACAAAUGGAGGAAGUUCGAAAGUCACUUUUCCGUGCUGAAAACUUCAAAGUUCUCGUUAUUGCCGAUGUUAAAAAACUUACUAGCCCCGUCACGUCGUGGAACCCAUUUAUAGCCGGCUUGGAUACCUCAAAGGAGCUGAAACCCGUGGUCUAUGUGGCAGAACGGCUAAGUGAUGCUGGCAGACACAUGGGCAAGCACGCCUAUGUUGUUCCAAUAAGGUCGAUGGAUUCUUCAUAUGCUGAGUCGAGUUCGAAGGGAAUUUGUUCUCAUGAUGACCCAAAAUUACCUGCAUUGAUGGUUGCCAUUGCUUAUCUGAACAUGGAAGAGGGACCAAUGUGGAACGCCCUUCGAGGGCCCGGACUAGCCUACUUUUUCUAUUUGCGAACGAAUAUUGAAAGUGGGCUUAUACAUUUCAUGAUCCAUCAAUCCCCCAAUGCUUACAAAGCUUUUGAGGCAGCAAAGACAACCGUUGAGGGUCUUCUCUCUGGUUGUAUGGAAGUUGAAUCAAAGAACGUACUGGAAUGCGCGGUUAGCACUUUGAUUAACCAGUUCGCUACUGAAAAACAGACUUAUUACGAGGCAGCUUUUGAUAGUUUUGUCAAAGACACAAUUCUCAACUUACCGAGUGACUACAAUGAGACUCUGUUGAAGAAGAUUAGGGCUAUUGAUAUGGGACAAGUAAAGGAGGCCAUCCGUGAUUUCGUUUUACCCCUAUUUACCGCAGGAAUGACAGAUCUAUUUGUGACCUGUGCGCCAGCCCUCAAAGAGGCCAUCCAUAAGGGGUUUGAAUCGGCAGGCUUCCAGCCAAAAAUACAGUCUCUUCGCGAUUUUGAGGACGACUAUGGGCUGAAGUUUGAUCACGAUGGCCAUGAAGAUAGCGACAUUGAAGAAGAUGAUGACGAUGAUGACGAUGAUGACGAUGACGACGACGACAAUGGCGAAGAAGAAGAAGAAGAUGAAGAAGAAGAAGAAGAUGAUGAUGAUGACGAAGAGAACUAG